CUGAGUCUUUGGAGUUUGUGGGCUUUUGCCUUUCUUUAUUAACCCAGCAUGUAGUUAACAGUUGCACAACUACUGGCAUGCAGAUACCAAAGAGGCACUUGAUGUAACUUGCUUAUGGAAGAGCGAACAAAGAUUUCGAAUGAGGAGAGAGCACGUUUAGCCAUUGGAACCACGGACGUGUCCACAAAUCAAGGCCAUUGAGCUGAUACAAGACAGAUAACAAGGCGUUGUCAUCACAAGAGGCUUGUCAAUAUGAAAGGAAAUAAGCUCAGCUCCCCAAACUCUUCCUGCGAAGGUACCAAAGUGGGGCCCAAAAAAAUGCAGAAGAGAUUUCUCCACAAAGAUGGCAGCUGCAAUGUGUAUUUCAAACACAUCUUUGGAGAAUGGGAGAGCUACGUGGCGGAUAUUUUCACCACGCUGGUGGACAUCAAAUGGCGUCACAUGUUUGUGAUAUUCUCCUUAUCUUACAUUCUUUCUUGGCUGUUCUUCGGCUUAGUCUUUUGGCUUAUUGCAAUCCAACAUGGAGAUUUAGUACACGAUGAAGAAAUAACCCCUUGUGUUGCUAAGGUGCACAGCUUCACGGGAGCAUUCUUAUUCUCUCUGGAAACCCAAACGACCAUAGGUUAUGGUUUUCGUUGUGUCACUGAGGAGUGCUCUGUCGCCAUCAUCAUGGUGAUCCUACAGUCAGUAUUAAGCUGUGUUAUUGAUACAUUCAUCAUUGGAGCUGCCUUGGCUAAAAUGGCCACAGCUCGAAAGAGAGCUCAGACUAUCCGCUUCAGCUACUAUGCCACGGUAGGCCUAAGAGAUGAUAAACUUUGCCUCAUGUGGCGCAUUGGGGAUUUCCGGCCAAAUCACAUGGUUGAAGGCAUAGUAAGAGCACAGCUUCUGCGCUAUUUGGAAGAUAAGGAAGGAAGAAUGACAAUGGAAUACAAGGAUUUAAAGUUACAAAAUGAUCAGAUCAUACUUGUCACACCUGUGACCAUCGUACAUGAAAUUGUCCAGGACAGCCCUUUGUACGGUCUAGAUCGGAAAGCUUUGGCCAAAGACAGUUUUGAAAUCUUGGUUACAUUUGUCUACACUGGAGAUUCAACUGGAACUUCCCAUCAGUCGAGAAGUUCAUAUGUCCCCCGAGAAAUCCUUUGGGGACACAGGUUUAAUGAUGUCUUGGAGGUGAGGAAAAAAUACUACAAUGUGGAUUGCCUACAGUUUGAGGAAACCACGGAAGUGUAUGCUCCCUAUUGCAGUGCAAAGCAACUGGAUUGGAAAGAACAUGAAUGGAACACAACUGAGAAAAGAGUGGACAGAGGAACAAAUACAUCAACCCUGGAGGUCAGAGAUACAUCAUUUAAGGAAGUUGCCCUCAUCAGCAGUUCUGAAGAUCCAGAUCUUAUGAAAGCUUUCGACCAAGAUUCUAGGGAACUGCCUUAUUAGAAAGAUCUGCCGACCUUAAGUAGAAUUUCAGCCAACUCCAAGAUCUAGUUAGUUAUUGCAAAUAAAAUUACUGCCCCUCCUGUUCCCUAAGCAGUCUGUAAAAUAUAAGCAGUGUUAAACCCUAUACACACAAGUAUUUAUAUAAUACAUCUAAUUCUAGUAUAUACUCAUCCAAUCAGAGAAUGAAAACAACAUAAUGUACUCCCAUAGAUAGUCUUUAAGGUGCUGCUAUGAGUAUUCAUUGUUUUUUAAGUUCUAAUAAAACAUGUAGAUGGUAUCAUGAGCUUUGAUGGGUACAACCCACUUCUUCAGAUGAAUGGAGUAUUAAAAGUCCAGUUCCAAAAUAAAAAGGGGAAGAAGAAAAGGAAAAAAUAGUGAAUUAGAGUGAUCAUGUUACAUGACGCUGAUAAAGAAGGUGCAAAUUGUUCUUAAGUGCCCAUUGUUUGGUUGGUUAACCCCUUAGGUAGUUUUUUCAAAGCUUCCCAAUUUAUUUGGAUGGCUGAUUCCCAUAAUCUCACUGUGGCUUUGGAAAUCACAAACAAUUUCUCCACUCAAAAUCUGAACCCCAUAUUGCAUUUCAAAUUUCAAAAUUUAAGAUGAAAUUUUUUUUCAGCAAAGAUUUUUUUGAACAUUUUGAGGAAAUUUGGUUACUUUGAAAUCAGCAUGUACAGAAGUCGAAACUUUUGAUUUGAAUUUUUGAAGAAAAAUUCAUAACAAGGCAGUGAGAACAGAUCUGUGAAAUGUACAUAGUGUUGAACUCUGAGAAGUUUCUUUGCGCGAUGCAAGAAGUGAAACAAACCCAAGUCUUGUAAUAUCAACCUGCCUUGUUAUUGUUAUUUGUCCCACCUUUAUCUGAUCACUUUGGGAUUUCAGAUCCUAUUCUGAAUGCUUAAUAUAGAUUCUCUUGUUAAUCUGGUUUUCACAACUGUCUGCCUGUAAUCUUUGUGUUAUCUAUGGGCACACGUGCUACAAUUAAUACAGUUCCUUGCAGUUCGAACAAAAAAUGGUGUCCCUGGAAAGAGACAGAACAAGAGGGCUUUUUAAAAAGAGUUUCAUUGUAUAAAAGUUCAUAAUAAACAGGUUGUGCUUUUCUGGAAAUGCCUAAUGCCAGUCAAAUCCAGAAUACAGUCAUAUGCAUCCAGUUAUAGAUACAGAAAUAGACAUGUCUGUAUGUACAAGAACGUGUUCCGUAAAAUCUUGAGUAUAAUGUGCACCUAUGUAUAAUGUACGUCUGCCUUUUAAAGGUCAAAAUUCUUGAAUAAACUAAACUCCUAUCAAUAAUGCACACCCCCAUUAUACUCGAGAUUUUAAGGUAUGCAGAGGAAGGAAGGGGCUUGCGCCUGCCACCGGACCCCCUGCGCAGCUGAGCUCACGCCUGCUGCGGGGUCCUGCUGCCCAGCUGAGUUCGUGCCUGCUGGGGGUGGGGUCUCCCCUGCCCAGCUGCCGGCACGCCGAGCUUGCACCUGCCGGACCCUCUGCCCCAGCCCCACACCCCGCCCAGCUCAUGCCUGCCGACGGUGAGCUUAAAACUUUAAAAAAAAACCUUCUAUGGAUAACGCGCACGCCGACUUUGACGUUUAAAAAAGGGGAAAAAAUGCACACUAUACUUGCGACUUUACAGUAUUUUGGGCCAUCAGCCAAGUGAUGUAGCUUAGGAAAAAAGUCUUCUGUGGGCAGGUUAAUGCAUAACAGUCCUUGACAGCCGUUCUUAGGGUAUGUCUACACUACAAAGUUAGUUCGAACUAACAGACGAUAGUUCGAAUUAACUUGCA